AUGGCAGACUGCAGUGCAGUGCACACUCUGGCCGCUUUUCUCAAGAAACACGGCGAAAAUAUCCUCAAUGGGUCCAGCAAGUUGAGUCUUACAACGAGCUCCCUGUGUCAACUCACCCGGGCCUUCUCCUUGUUGUCAUCAGAGCAGGCAGAAUCUGACUCUUUCCGGGUGCUAUCUUCCAACGCGAUAUCUGACGUCCUGCAAGAUAUUCUGUUUCUUCAUGACAUUAUCCAGAAGGUCGUGAAACUUAAGCUGGUCUCCUCAGCCCGUACUGUCGAGGGAGGAAUCGCCCUAUCGAGCUUCAGAUCGCUCCGACACCUCGAGCUCCAAAGAGUGCCGCCUCAUCUCUUGGACGGGUUCGGGUCGAUUGCUGGCCAAUUGGAAACGCUGGCAGUGCAAAAAUGUCUUUCAAGCGUCCUGCCGCUCCUGAAUCUUGCAAAGGGAAACGAGCUAUCUUCGUUGGCGACUCUCCGACUUUCGCACAAUUUGCUACUUACCUUCGAAGGCAAAGAUUUCUUGCGUGAAGCGCCUACCCUCAAGAACCUCGACUUGUCCUACAACCAAAUCAAGGAAUUGGACAUCUCGGAUCUGGAAUCGCUCGUCUGUGUCGACCUUUCGUUUAACUUCAUCCGGAAAAUUCCGACUGUUCAUCGACGAUCGAGUUUCCUGUACUUGAGCUACCUCUCUAUGCGGAACAAUCUGUUGGAGGAUCUACGGGGUCUUGAAGUUCUGACCGCCCUGAAAGUUCUCGAUCUCAGCCAUAACAUGAUCAGCGAGUAUCGUGCGCUCGAGCCCCUCGCUAAUUUAAUGCAACUAAAUGAGCUAAACCUACAAGGGAAUCCCAUAAGCCUUCAUAAAGACUACUUGAAGGGCAUCUCCGCGUGCAUCGCCAAAACCGUCAUGGUCGAUGGCAAGUUCGACGUUCACAGCGGCCGCGUAAUCGUCCUGCCCCUCGCUCAGCCAGAUGAUGACAUUAUUCCGACGAGGUCCCUCGACGAGGGGACGGGCAGUGGAUCUCGAGCCUCCACCAAAACACCAAAGUCUCGCAAAGCUACCAUAGGGGACAUGUCGGUGACACAUCUUGCGACGGAGAACAGCUUCCAAGAGACGGCGGACUGGCGGGAAGCAGUUGAGGAGCGGCGGAAGAGAGAUGGAGAGGCGUGGUUGGUGACCGCAGCGAGUGACCUCAGGUUCCCCACAGCUCAGAGCACGCCAUAUAAACCACAAGAGAACCUAUCGACUCGAACUCAAGAAACUCAGACCCCGCGAGAAGACCAGGCAAGUCGGAAGGAGAGUCAUCAAAGUGAUGGCUGCAUCGUGGUCAAGGAUGGGAACUCGUCCGAGAAAGUCAUGGAUACGAUAGAGCUGACCGUCGAAGACGUCGAGAGGCAACCCAGGGGGGCUCUGAUGACGACCUCACAGACCGAAUCAGCAGGAGACCUGAUCGACGACGAGCUCGGGCCACCGGUUCUCGCCGGCGAGAGUGAUAAAGAAGAAUCCCCAACCAUCCUCGACGAGGCGAAAACCAUCGAAAUCUUGGAUGAGUCCGUUUUCCUCACCGCUUCGGAGAACAAGACGUCCGUCGACGCCCCACCCCCGGUGGAAUCAGGAAGUUCUCUAACCGCGAGCUACAGCGCAGAUUCCGAAUCGAGUUCGGCGGCGUACAGGGUCGAGCAGGACGCUUCCGUUUGGACAAAGCUGAGGGAACUUCGUGGUCAGAGCAUCCGUUACGACAGGGCGAACUCAUUAGACAUCCACAGUAGGAUGAACCUCGAAAUCGAAUGUUUCUCGGAUGAUGAAUGCUUCAUGGGCGCCUACCGGGCCCACAUUGUUUUUCGCUCGCGGGCUUUUGAAGGUUUUGUUAUCGUCUCCACCGAUCGAGUCCAUCUUACUGGGCUCAAUGUCCCUCCGAAGAAAAGCUCUGAUUCAAUCGUCUGGACUGUCACUCGGGAAAACUUCAAAAGGACCACCGUCCAACUAGGAGGUCAAAGCCUCAUACUGGAAGCGAAGGAUGAUGACGGGCCGUCUUGGGCGCUGGUUUACAUCGGUGAUUCGAAUUGGUGCAGUCAACUCGCGGAACUGCUCGACGUGGUUUCGGUGGAGGGAGUCACGAGAAAAUCCGAGGUCACACAGCGGGAACUCUUCGCAUCGCUCAAACUCGCUGGCCAAUCACUCCGGUCAUAUUCUUCGGGAUAUUGGGCUCUGAUAGACGACACGGGAGCGCUACCACUCGGAAAGCAAUAUCUGUGCAUCGCGGUAGCCGCCGAGGACAUAGUUGUGGUCCGGGAGAACCACGUCGAGCCCGAAAAGGUGAAAUUCACAGAGAUUUGCGCUCAAUCCGUGCAGGCUCUGAGCUCGGUUUCGGUCGACGAGAAGAAUCCGUGUGUCGCGAACUUGAUUUUCACUGAUGAGACCACCAACAGGGAACAGAUAUGGUAUUUCGAAACGGCGUCCGUCGGAUCCCUUCUGCUACUCAUCGAAAGUUUGAAGGAGCCUUGGGAGCAUAUCUUCGACAUCGACUUGCCAAUGACUUACAUACCGUCGUUCGAGGAUCCGGCAUGAGAAGUCCUCGCAAAUACACACUGAAUCGUCACAACUUUUACCACCUGUCAAUCCACCGUUCGAGGCGUCGCUCCGUUGAA